GUCCAGCAGACCACGUUCUUGGCAAGCAGCGCCGGGAGUGGACCAGAGCAUGGAGGGCUUCCUGGCAGCCCGAGCCCUAGGGGAAGAAUCCCUCCAGAUGUGGGACCUCAACAAGCGUCUGGAAGCCUACUUGGCCCGGGUCAAGUUCCUGGAAGAGGAGAAUGAGCUGCUGAGAGCCGAGAUCCAGAGUGCGAAGGACAGACCGGCGGAGAGCUCCUGGCGGUGCAAAUAUGAGGAGGAGCUGAGCGCCUUGAGGGCGACCUUGGAUGAUGCCUUCAGGGAGAAGCACGCGGCGGAGCUGACCAGAGACAACCUCUCCGAGGAGAUCCAGCAUGUGAAAAGCCGCUGCCAGAAGGAGCGGGCGGCCCAGGAAGAAGCCAAGAAGCAGCUGGCCCUGAGCAAGAAGGAGCUGGAGGAGGAGAGACGGGCUCAGAUCUGGCUGAGGGAAAGAGCCACCCAGCUGGAGAAGGAAGUGGAGGUGCUGGUGGAAGUUCACGAGGAGGAGAAAGCCGGGCUGGAGCAGGAGAUGGCGAGCUUCUCCCAGAGCCUGGAGAACUUCCGUGCCGUGCCGGUGGCUUUCCAGCCCGUGGAGGUGGAGGACUAUUCCAAGAGGCUCUCAGAGAUAUGGAGGGGAGCGGUGGAGACGUACAAGAAUGAAGUCUCCCAGCUGGAGAGCUCCUUCUGCCAGGCCAAGGAGAAUCUCUGGAAGGCGGUGGACGACAACCGGCAGAACCAGCUGCAUCUGCAGCAACUGGAGAAGGAGCUGGCUGGGCUCAAGGCACGGAAGGGGAUGCUGGAGGAGAGUCUUUCCAGGCAGUGGCAGGACCAGAGAGGGGAGGCUGAGAAGUUCCAGCUGGCCCUCGAGUCUCUGGAGCAGGAGAAAGAGGCCCUGGGAGUCCAGAUUGCUCACGUCCUGGAGGAGAGACAGCAGCUCAUGCACCUGAAGAUGUCCCUCGGUCUGGAGGUGGCAACAUACAGGACGCUCCUGGAAGCUGAGAGCAGCAGGCUGCAAAUGCCUUCAGCAGAGUACAAACUGGUCAAUGGGUUCAGAGAUGCCAAGCUGGAAGUGAGUAACAGCAAACUCCAAGCCGUGACGCCCGAGAGCAGGCGACUGGUUUCCUGGGACCACCGACUGAGCCCCACCACCUUCCAGAAGGGAGAGAGCAAGACACAGCUACUGAGAAACCAAAUCGACUCCCCCAAGCUGCAAGCUGCCGCCGUGCUCCCCAAGAGCGACGGCCCCGUUGCUAGAGAGUUCCAGAAAAUCAACUCAGUCCUUCAGUCCCCACUCCUGAAAAGUGCCCAGGCUGUGAGGGAUACCGCUGCUCCGGGCCAUUCAAUCCCCGUCACGCUGGGCUCGUCCCACGCCGGAGAGACGAUCGAAGCUGCCGAAGCAGAGAUGGUGGCCCACUCUUUCUCCCAGGAGCCGUUCGAGAGGCUUGACUCCAUGCGCUCCGCAGUGCCGGAGCCACGGCUGGUGGGACGGUCCGAUCCAGACACGGAACGCAGGAGCCCGGCAGCAGAAGAUGGAGAGCCACCUGCAAGCCAGGUGGAAGCAGGUGACGUUGGCCAGGAGGACGGAUGUCACGAGGAAGCCAGGAAAGAGGUCGAGAAAGAUCCCAGCGAAGAACCACCUGGGAAGCUGGGUCCCGAGGAUUCGCUCUGUCCCAGGCAGCUGGUCAACAAAGCAUUGGAAGAUGCACCGAAGGAAGUAAUAGAUCGCGCCGAACCAGCUGUGGACUCCAGCCCUCUGCAAGCAGAUAAGGCCCCAAACGACGUGCAUUCUUAUGUCUCUGCUCCCCUGGAAGAGGCUUACGGGAUAGCUGCUUCUCCCAGCGCAGAGGUAUUGGAAGAAGGGAAGGAGACUGAGUAUGAAGGCCAGAUGGAAGCCAGUCAUCCAGCAGAGCAGCUCAAGGCCCUUAAAGGCACCGAAGCCACCGAUGAAAUGGACAGUGGCCUAGAGCCUCGUUUUGAAGAGGAGACCAGGGAAGCAGCCAUCCAGGAGCUCCCGGAUGUGAAAAGUUCUGCUCAACAGGACGGAGAGGAGUCACAGUCAGGGCUGGGUCCUUCCACCAAGCAGAAUGAAGAAAGCAUCCCUGAUAUUCUAGCCACCGAGGGAAGGCCUGAAAUAGAGACCCGGGAGGAAGUGAGACCUUGGAAGCAGAAUGAGAGUCAAGAAGAAGAGACACCAAGGUCACAGAAUGCAGACUUGUGUGGGGAGACUGAUGCAGUUUGCAAGAGCACCGAGCGGGGAAGUCCAUUAGAUGAAGGUGGGCUGGGUUUAGCGGGGGCAGAGGGAAAGAGUUGGGAGGCCGGGAUAAGUGGCCACAGUCACCUACCUGCCGCGGAAGGGAACGUGGAAGAUUUUGACCACGGAGAAGAAGACCUCGAGGUGGUGAGCACAGAAGCGUUGCAUCUGUCAGAAGACGAGGAAAGGCGAGAGCUCUGGAGCCCUUCCAGGGAGAAUGAAGAAGACAACUUCCAAGCAGAGAUGCUGGAAAGUGAAUUUCUGCAGGCGGAAAUACAAGCGACUCAAGCUUUUCCCAUGGAAAGUCACCCAGCUUUGGUCGUGGAAAGCCCCGAAGAAGAGCAUCUUAAUGGCGCUGAGCAGGAAAAGUUUGAGCAGCAGGAAAUGUCACUUCGUGAAACUGAUGCCGCAGUUGGAGAGGACGGGAGGAAAGAGAUGUUCUCCGACCGUGAGCUCUUGGGAAUCAAAGAGGCCAUCUUUGGGGAUGAGACCGUGUCAAAGGCUGAAGAAAACAUCCUGGGGGAUGAGACCCUGGACAGAACAAGAGGGGACAGUGAAGAACACAAGGCAAAGCUGGAAGAGGAAACUUUGGGAUGCGAGGAUCUCAGCACAGAUGAGAACGGCUUGAGACAUGAAAACUUAAAGCAGGAGAAAGAUACCUUGGAGGAGGAGAUUGGGGAUCUGCAAGAGAACCGCUUUGAACAAGACAUUAUGCUGGCCAAUGAGGGUCUGGAGAAUGUUCAGAAACUGGAGUCCUUGGGCAGAGAGGAAGACGUGGGAGAAGACUAUCAAGGGCACCUGCCAAAGGAGCAGGGAGGGGAGGGUAAGGAAGAUGUAGCGGGCUAUCCGGAGACAGGAGAAGCUGCUGACAUUGCUUUGCAAGAACCAGCCUGGGCGGACACUUUAAUGACCAGCACAGGAGUAACAGAAAAUGAACGUGAGCAGAUAAAGGGCAGUUUGGGUGCAGAGAUGGAAGAAAUAAUGGGAGAUGAUGAUGAUGCAGGUCACUUUAUAGGCAGUGAGCAUCCAGUGUCACACAGCGAAGCGGAGCAGGAGGCCAGCCCCAGCAUAGAGCUGAUGGAAGAAGACCAUUACAGCAGCGAAAGAGAGCAUGAGGACAUCCAGAGCCAGCCUGCCCAGCAGCUUGGAGACUCCUCAAGCCAUGAAAUCAGCAAUGAACUGACUGAGGUGCUGGAGGAGCCUUGGGAGAAGGUAGACGUCUCGGGUGAAGCUGAGGGAGAACUCUGCGAAGAACCUAAAAGGCCGGAGAACAUAGACAUGGCCUCCCAGGCACCAGGUGAGUCUUCAGAAUCUGAGGACUCCCUGGGAUCCCUGGAGGAUGUCUCCCCCAAUGCCUCCCAAAAAAUGGAAGGGAUGGAGGAGGAAUUGGAAAGCGGCAAGAGGAUUAUGUUGGAGGAAACCCUGCCAGAUAGCACACCCCUGCGCUUCUAUGAAAAGGAGGUGCUGGCUGAGGCCACGUCCAACCAACAGCCUCCAAUAGGUGAUGACAGUGGAGAUUCACCACCAGCCUCUGAAAGCACUGCAGUUUCCCCAGAUGACGUAGGACAGCUAGAGAGCAGGGCCACACCAACAAGCUCCCAAGAGAAGGAAAGCAAUGAGGAGGAUGAAUCUGGCCCGGUGUUGGCAAGAACAUCAGAGCGCGCAGAGGAAGGAGGAGGUUAUUUCAUGGUUUCGGCACCCAGCCAGGAGACACCCAGUCUGGAGGAAGCUGAGGUUUUGGAGGACUUUGAAGAAAUCAAGGUUGAAACAUCAAAUCUCACCGAAGAAGAUCCAGAAAUGCUCAUGGCGCCGUCUGAAGUGCCAAGGGAUGAGAGACUCUUUGAGGCUGAAUCAGAGAAGGAGGCGGAAGGAACUGUCGAACAGGAGAGCAAUGCGGGCAAAGACAGCGAGGGUGGAGACUUUCCUCCAGAGGAGAGCAAGCCCCACCGCUCGGAUUUCACCUGGGAGCCAGAAAAGGAGGAUGGUUUCCCAACCAAAGCAAGCGACUGUGGCAGCAUUGCAGGCGGUGCUCAAACAGAGAGCGAGGGAAUGUUGGAUGCUCCCGAGCCUGGUGACCUAGACCCUGAAGAUGCUCAGAAGGUUUCUCCGUUGACCAGCACGGAUGACCUAGGAGAGAUUCUGUUGGAAGGGCAACUGCCUCUUAUCCAGAAAGGAAGCCCAGAUUCUAGCAGCCCUCUCUCCUCUGAGGAUGAGUCACCCAAUGUCACCCAAUCCCACCCGGGUUCUGAUCCAGAGGUCAGCGGAGGACUUCACCCCGGGCAGCCAAAGGAUGGUACAGAGAUGAAUCAAAGUGGCAUGGACCACUCCAUGGAGACGGUAGCAAAGAUUCCGGCAGAUGUCCUGAAAGACUCGGACAUCCUGGAGAUUGUAGAGCAAGCUCUGGAGUUUAACCAAGAACUGAUGCUGGGCGCGAGGCUUUCGGAGCUGCACCCUGGAGAUGAACAGCAGGCGGCAGGCAGGGUUGACGUGUCAGACCAGACCCAGGAGGUGGGGAAAGACGGCGGCAUGAGUGAGACAGGGGCUCUGCAGGAGACUCUCCUGGACUCCUCGCCGCAAUCCAAGGAACUGACGACAUCCAGCCACAUGUGGACGGAGAGCAAUGCCAAUGGAGAACUGAAUGGGCUGCAUGGAGAACAGAUAUUGAAUGGGAUCUCAGACCUGCAGCCACUCACCAAUCAGAACGACUGUGCAAAAUCCAGAGAGCACGAGGUGAGCUCUUCUGGGGAUGAAUUCUUUGGGAAGGUCACCAUCACCCAGGAAUUGCACGGAGAGGAACCAGAGGCCUUCCCCAUCUUGGAAACGAUGCUAAGUCAGAGCCCGUUGCAAACGCCAGACUAUGAAGAAGGCCACGGAACUGGAGAAGAACACUCCAAGAAAGGCCAGGUCUCCGAUGAAACCGACAACAGCAAAUUCGCUGACAUAAUGCAGAGUGCUCACAUGCAAAGACAGGACCUUGAGGCUCAGACCAUCUCUGUCCCAUCCCCUUUCGGAGACGAUGUCUUUCACCUGGGACCCAGCCAGCAUCUGAAAUUCCAGCUCAAAGAUGAUCAGGAAUCGUGGUCUUCAGAAGAUGACUGAAGGGGUCUGGGGACGCACUGACCAUAGACACAUCACAGCUGUUACUUCUGCUCAAGUGAAACCAUGUAAUUGUAGGGCAGAUGUGGUACCUUCACCCCGGUCUCCUCUAAUAGUUGGCCCCCUUCUAAACUUAAAAUAGGCCAUUUUCUAUUGACAAUCGGAAGCAGCAUUUAGGAAAUUUACCCUUGUAACACUUACCAAUUUUGUAAUGAUUUUUUUUUAACACACGUGUUUGGAUUUUCUGUAGAAUGUAGCGAAGUAGAAUCAGGGGCUUGGGGUUCAGUCCUGUCUCCGUGGGGUACAUAGUUCAUGGAGAGUAACACACAAGCUCUAGAUUGCUGUCUGCAUUGGCUACAUCCCUUCCCAGACCUGGGAAAAUUCACCCUUUGGGUGCAACAUGGAGGCUUUUAGGAUUGGGAGGAACACACCCAUGGGAUUUUUUAAUUACUUUUUUCAUACAACAAAUCACGCAUUGGACCUGAGACUCAAUUAUACUACGGCCACUUUACAUCACUCUGGCAGUGCGUAACUAUAAUUCACAUCCCUCGUAAGGCCCCAUUACAUGAGCAGGCCUUAGAGUAAAUAAGAAUCGGGCUCAUUUUCCCUCCUCCAUGGCGGCUCUAGAAUUGUUUAAUUUCCGUCUUCUGGUUUGUCUGUUUGCUUUGUUUACAAAGGUAUUUAAUUGACAGGCUGUGUCUUUACAAGACCUUCACUGCCUUUUUUUUUUUUUAAAUCUAAAUGACUACAGUCCAUUGGCUUGUGAAUGGGGAAAAUGACCUCGAUCCACCGCAAAAUACAUUCUGACAGCACUUGCAAAGGUUACGGAGCUGCAAAGGCUGCAGUUGCUUUCACACGCCAGGUCUAGAGAACCAUCCGACGUCCUUUUAGGACAGUGCUCCUCUUAGAGCAAUGAAGGUCUCCUCUGAGCUGGGGUUGUCUUGUCCGUUUCCAGCAUCAGAUGUGAAAUACACCAGCCAAGAGGGAAAUCAUCACCCAGAGUGAACCAGGGCUCGAUUUUACAUGGUCCUUUUUGCCCCUUGAAACACACUGCAUUUGAAAGAGGGUUUCCGGGAAUCCUGGUUGGGUAUUGGCCAAGAUAACAAUACAGGAUACAGCUGAGACAAUCACCUGUAUCUUUACCUCUAGUUUUAAUGAGGAUGCCAGGAACUCAGCUGAGCUUGAAGGCAAAAACUUUUCCAGGGCAUCUUCCUCCCUUGUUGUGAACACCUUGCCAGAUCUGUCCUGUGUACCUGCACCCCCUACCUGCAGUGAUCAGACCGUUCCGCCUUGGGGGAAUGGGAGACGCACUGCAUGCUGGUUAGAUUCACACAUUGACCUGCAUAUACACAGGGUUAGAUCCUCAGCUGGUGUAUAUCCUAUCUCCUUUGAAGUCAAUGGGCCAGAUCCCCAGUGGGUGUAUAUCGGCAUUGCUCCCUCAGAGCCUGUGGAGAAACAGCCAUUUACCCCAGCUGAAGAUAUGGCCCAACACACCCAAAAUGGCUUGUUACCUCCCUUCCUGUUGAUCUAACAAGGAUCCUGGACGAAACAACCUAAUCACAUUGAUUUAGGGCUAGCUCCCUCGGUCAUGAAUGGGUGAUGGUCACUCAGAUGCUUCACCAAGGGAGCAAACGACUGUUACGGAGUUUGUCCAACUCAUUCAUUGCUAGUCCUGAUCCGAGAAAGAAUGAGACCUUUUUUUUUUUUUCUUCCCUGUGCUGAGCUAUCACUGAGCAUGCAGGGCUGCCGUCGGUUCCGGGAAGUAUAUGAAGAUGAUACAGUGUAACCCAAAGACGAAUGGCCUCCUCUGCAGGCUGGUUGCUUUGGAUGAAGCGGACGGCGCAGAUCGGCCGCUCCCACCGAGCUUUCUGCUCUGCUGCCGUGUCCUCUAGGCUCGUAAAACCAGCCGAGGCGUGCCCGAUGAGCCACGCAAUGUAUUCUGUACCUCGUCUAUCCUUUAAUAAAGCAACCGGCU